GAGGUUGCUUCAUUGCUUGGGGUGGAGAUUUUUCCUUCCCUUUCGCUUUCGCUUUUCCUCCACGAACACGAUUAACACAGCACGCAUCCAUCCAUCCAUAUCCACCACGCAACUGACCAAGCCAACCGACGAACGAAUCCGACUAGGGAUUAAUCAGCUCAGACGCCACGAUUUCUCUCUGAAUAUACUAUAUAAUUCAGAGGAAGAUCACGCCGCCUCUUUCUGCUUCGCCCGCCGGCUUCCUGCUCCUCGAUCCCGCAAGGUCAACAAGCAAGGAAACAGUCACACACUUGCAACGAUGAUGGGGUUGAGAGCGCCGUUCUUUCUCCUCCUCUUGCUCGUCGUGGGCUGGGGAACUGCACAAACCGACGGUUCGCAAGACAAGGAAUUUGUUUUUCUUGAUCUUGACACAACUGAGCUCCCGCUCCGAGAUCCUGGCCCAAUCUACAAGGAACAAAUUACUUCGACCAAAAUUCCUGUCCAUCUCAAGAGUGGCAGCCCACUAUGCUCAGCUUGUGAAAACUUCGCGAACGAAGCUGUCAGUUAUCUCAGUGAGAAACAAACACAAGAUAAGAUCAUGGAAAUCCUUCAUGAUGCUUGUUCUCAGACAUUCUCCUUGGAACAGAAGUGUGUUGAGUUGAUGGACUCCUACGCAACUCUCCUGUUUGCCAAGAUUACGGAGAUAAAGCCAGAAGAGUUAUGCAAACAGUAUGGCCUGUGCAGGGACAUAGCCUUUUUCUCUGGUGUGGGAAGCGACAGCACAUGCGUAUUUUGCCACCACCUGCUUGACGAAAUUAUGUCCAAAUUGAAAGAUCCUGAUGCGGAGUUUGAGAUAAUUCAAAUUCUUCUCAAGGAGUGCAAUAAGAUCGAAGGUCAUGUCCAGCAGUGCAAGAGACUGGUCCUGCAAUACAUUCCUCUCAUUCUGGUCAAUGGUGAGAAGUUCCUUGAAAAGAAUGAUGUAUGCACGCUUGUCCAAGCGUGUGAUGCCGGGCAAAAGAGGACAGUUAGCUCGUUCCUGGAGGGGGGGUUGCUGAGGGACGCAUGAUGCUUGGAAGGUUACACGAGUUGCGUAGCAAUGGUGAAAAUAGUGUGUCCAAGUAUUUGUUGUACAAAAGGCUAUAAUUGGCUGUUGCCUUGUGCUCCUGCAUUCUUUGCACCCCUUGUAUUUUAAAGGGAGCGGUAUGAAUAGGCAACACUUUGUCAAGUUAGCCCGUAUUGAAUUGUACUACUGUUCCACUCUACUAUGACAUACCAUUAAUACUGCUUGUUACUUCA